UUGCCUUUAUCACUGCUGACUGCAGCCCAAAACAAACCCAUGCUUGUAGAGUUGAAAAAUGGUGAAACAUUCAAUGGCCACCUGGUCAACUGCGAUAAUUUCAUGAACAUCACACUACGGGAGGUAUAUCAGACGAGCGCAGACGGUGAUAGAUUCUGGAAGUUGAAGGAGUGUUAUAUUCGCGGUAGCACAAUAAAAUACCUACGAGUGCCGGACACGUUGUUGGAUACUGUAAAAGAGGAGCAGACUCGAGCACGAGAAGCUGGCCGAAGCGCGCGGGGAGGAGGAGGCCCAGGUAUGAGAGGAGGUGCGUCUGACCUAAUCUCCCUGCAAUUUCGGGUUCGGCACACUGAUCAUUCGUUCGCUUUGUGUUUAUUAUCCUCGCACCCGCACGCCGUUUUCACGGGAUAUCGUUAUGCUGCUUGUAAUUUCCACACAGGCCGAGGUGCCCCACCAAGAGGAGGUUUGUCCAUUUCGUUCCCACCAUGCCAUAUCAGUAUUAAUUCAUUGUGCUCAGGCCGUGGAGGUCCAAGAGGUAGUGGACAACGUGGACGAGGGCGUGGACGGGGAGGGUAG